AUGAAAGAUUUUAAUUUUUCAAUAUUCUCAGGCUAUUUAUCGAUAACUGAUAGCAACUAAUCAUUUCACUAUGUUUUUGUUCAGAGUUAGCUUAACAAUAAGGAUAAUAGUGUACCUCUUGUUUUGUGGUUAAAUGGAGGACCUGGGUGUUCGUCUAUGAUUGGAUUUCUUCAAGAAAUAGGUCCUUUUGUAUUUUUGAAUGAUGAUGAUGAGAGUUUAUCAUACAAUGAGUAAUCUUGGAAUAGAGUAGCACAUUUAUUAUUUUUGGAAAGUCCAAGUGGAGUGGGUUUUUCACAUAAUCCCCUGAACAUAACAUUCAAUGAUUCGUAAACAGCAGAUCACAAUUUAAAAGUAUUACAGGAAUUUUACAGCAAUUAUCCUGAAUAUUAAAAGAAUCCAUUGUGGUUGGCAGGUGAAAGUUAUGCAGGAGCAUAUAUUCCAUUGCUUGCAUAAAAGAUAAAGAAAUUUAAUGAUUUAGAAGUGGCUGUCAUAAAUUUACAGGGAAUGAUGAUUGGGAACGGAAUAACAAACCUAACACAUCUUCCAAUUUCGUAGUUGGUAUAUUAAAAGUAACAUUAAUUGUUGCCUCCAAAUUUUGAUAUUUCUGCUUGUGAGAAGAAUGUGACAUCUGAAGAUUGUAAGGAUGUUAAUUCGAAUGCUUGGAGAAUAACAAAGAGAAUUAAUCCAUAUGAUAUUUAUGGGUAUUGUUAUUAUGAAGAGAAAGAAGUUGAAGAUGAGUAGGAGUGGCUCUCAGAAAUGAAACAAUUCAUGUUAAUUCACGAUGACAACAUUAUUCAAGUUACCAAUCAUGAAUUAGGAGUACCAUGUGUGUAAAUAGACAAUAUUUAAAAUUAUUUGAAUGACAUUUAAAUUAAAACGUAUCUCCAUGUGGAUGAAAGUAUAUAAUGGUUUAUGUGUUCCAGAUAUCACAACAAAUAGUUUAAAUAUGUGUCUGAUCCUCCUCUAGUUAUGAAGGUACUCUAGGAAGUAAUCAAUUAUGAUCUCUAUACCAUUCUAUUAUACAACGGAGAUGCUGAUAGCGUGGUUCCUUGGCUAGAUACAUUGCAAACAUUGUAAACAUUAAAUUUGUCCAUCACUGAAGAGUGGAGACCCUAUUAUGUAAAGAACAACUAGCUGGGAGGGUAUACUCAAGGAUACUCGAACAAAUUGAGAUUUGUUACUGUGAGGGGAGCUGGACAUAUGGUGCCACAGAACGAGAGGAUAGGUGCAUUCUAUUUAUUAAAUCAGACUUUGUUUGGAUAGGCUUUUUGA